AAGCUAUUUUGAUAGCUGAUUUAAUUUAAUAAAAGUAAAUUUUUUGGUAAAAAAAAAAAAAACUCUUUUAGGUGGAUUAGUAUUGAAAAUAUAAAGUGAUGAAAAAAACCCCAAAUGUAAGCUCUCCUCUAACUCGUUUCAGCCUCUCUCUCUCUCUCUUUCCCUAAAUCGCGUCAGGCCAUCUCUCCGGCCGUCUGAGUUUCUCCGGUGCAACCUGCAAGAACUCCACCAUCUGCACAUCUCUCUCGGCUUCUAAUUCUGACCGAAAAAUGGAGAAGAUGAUACCUCUGCGAUCACUCUACCGCUCACUCUGGACUAGAUCUUAUCACAUGGCUGCCCUCAACCACCAUGGGCUCCGCCAUUACUACGCUGCUCGAUGCCUCCCCAAUUUUUCAUCCCCGUCCACCUCAGUUACUUCUCGCCAAGCCCUUGUUUCUUCUGAUUGCAGGUCUCCUCUUUCGUUGAGUAUGGGAAGCACACGAUCUUAUAGUGAAGAUGUAACUCACAUGCCUGUCGUGACAGACCCUGAUCUAAAUAGGGCUUUUAAGGAUUUGUUGGCUGCUAGUUGGGAUGACCUCCCUGAUAGUCUUGUCCAUGAAGUAAAGGCUGCUUUGUCUAAGAAUACCGAUGACAAUGCUGGAAAGGAAGCUUUAACCAAUGUUUUUCGUGCUGCUGUAGCAUCUGAGGAAUUUGGUGAGAUCAUCAUGAAUUUAAAGAUGGAAUUCGAUGACACUGUUGGAAUGAGUGGCGAGAAUAUAAAGCCCUUGUCAAAAGAGCAUGCGAAUGCACUUCAAACAAUUUUCAGUCGCUACAAUACCUAUUUGGAAGCAUUUGGGCCUGAUGAGACCUAUUUGCGAAAGAAAGUGGAGACAGAACUGGGAUCAAAGAUGAUUUACUUGAAGAUGAGAUGUGGUGGCUUAAGUUCUGACUGGGGAAAGGUAUCAGUUCUAGGAACCUCUGGGCUUGCUGGAUCUUAUGUCGAGAAAAGAGCUUAACUCCAUAACUGUGACAAUUUUCAAAGUAGUUGUGGGCUUUCUUGUGUUUGAAAUCGUGUUUCUGAAUAUUUGGAGAAAGACCUGUGUGUCCUUUCCUCAGAAACCAUAAUUUUCAGGUUGAUGACAGUUCAGUUCAAUAAGAGCUUAUCUUUGUCAACGAUAAUGCAAUAUAACAGUUCAGUUCAAUAAGAGCCUAUCUUUGUCAACGAACAACGAUAAUGGAAUAUGUUAUUACACACCUUGGUUUUCAUGAUAA